AUGAAAAAAGUUACUUAGACUACAGCAUCCACCUUCCAACCAAAACGUAGUCUUGCCAAGGCAAAAAGUCAAAAUUAAUUUGAAGAAACAGAUCCUGCUUAAAGAGACAGGAAAAUAAUCAGGAUGAGAAAUGUUGUUGAUUUGGGAGAUGCUUAGGAGGAUAACAAAAAAAAUUAAAGAAAGAAUGAGGAUCAAAUCGACCCUUUACUUGAGCAACUCGAUCAAUGGCAUGAAAAUAUAAUGUCGAAGAAAAAGACUUAUGCAUUUGAAUAGGUCAAGCAAAACGACAACCAUAACAAGUUGAUUGAAAAUGAAUUCACAUUAGAACAUGGACCUCAGAUUAAUUCAAACAUCAUCAAUCAGAUCAUGAAACCAAUUGAAAUACCCAACUUCAAAACUGAAGAGAACAAUGAAGACGUAUAAGUCUAAUUCCAAAUGCUUAGAGCCAACAAAGAAUCUGGAAAUGUGCUUAAAACACUCGAUCAAGUAAGAAUUGAAAUGAACAAAUAAAUCUUAAAUACACUUCUGCUUCAGAAAGUUACCAAAAGGCUUGAUGAAAUGCAUAUCAAUAGAAAACAUAAGACUAAUUGGAAUAUACAACGCAUGGAUGAAGAAAUAACCCAAGUAUUUCGAGAUUAGACACACACCUUGAAACAAAGAACUUUGAACAAUUUCAAAGGUUUAACCGAAUACUUUAGUAAUCCUGCAUAAUACAUUGAUUAUGACAUGGUUUUAUCAAAAGCUAAAUACCAUUCUAAUAGACCACCAACAUCAUUCCCUACAACUUAAAUUCCACAAUAACAACAAAACUCUACUUCUGCAAAAUCCUUGAUGGAGAGCUAUCAACUUUUUCAAACAUAAAUCAAAGAACAUAAAAAUGUGCUGUUUUAAAUGAGAAUUGAAAACAACACCUUAGUUUAGUAAAUGAAUCAUUUUGAGGAAGAAGUUCAAGAUAUAAGACGAAAGUUUUUUGCCAAAGAAGAGAAAGCAAGGCAAGGAUGGAUUCCUGAAUAGUAAAUUGAUGGGUUACCCAACAAAAAAAGGAAUCUCAUGGAUAUCAUUGAAAAAAUCAGAAAUUAAAGGGAUUAGGAGGUGAAGACAAGGACAAAGGAAAUAAUGUCCUUAAGAAAACAAAUGUAAUAGAAUAAUGAGAAAUAAUAAUAAAUACAAAAGGAACUCGAUGAGAUGAGAUAAAAGAAGAGAAGAUGCAAAAUGCUACUCAAAGAUAUCUUUCUUAAGCAAUUCUAAGAUUCAAACAACUCUCUUGUUCCAGAAGGCCUCGUUAGUAUUAUCAAGAACAUGAGAAAGAUCAAUGAAAGUGCUAAGCCAGAAUAUUUCCCUAAAUUUCUAGAUGAAAUUUCUAAGAAUUACUUGUUGUUAGCAGCUUAACUAGAAAUCGAUAUUGAAGAGACUAGAAUACUGUCUCAAAAAUACAAUCAUUAACAAUUAUUGUAGCGUGCCACUAGUGCGAGAUAGCAUAUUUCUACUCAAAGAUAAUAGAUGAAUGUUUCUGAAAUUAAAAAUUAAGUGAAAAUAAUGCUAAAGAAAAGUAAGGUGUCAAUCAAGAAACCAGUGUUUGUUCAAGGCAUCGAUCCAAUUAAUCCAACUUAGUUUGCUCAUGUGAUUAAAUGGGAACAUCAAGAUUUGGAACAUUAAUAAAUAACUGAACCUAUUGAAAGCAAUUUUAAAAAUUAAAACGUCUCUUCUGAGCGAAAUCACAUUAUGAAAGACUACAAUUAGAAGCUAGUUUAAUUAUAAUAGUAGUUAGAAUUGAUUACGAAUGAAGAAUGCCAACGUAUUUUAAAAUCAUAUUCCAAUAAAAAGUUAUUAUCUGAUAUUCAAGAACUGAAAAUGGUUAUGUAUGCACUCUUUGGUUAAACAUUGGGAGAUUAAUAGUGGAUCCAAUUUGUUGUCGAUUGGACUGAAUAGAAGCAAUUAAAUCCCUUAUUUGUUUUAAAACAAGAAGAACAAACGAAAUAAAGUGAUACACGUAAAGAUCAACAUUCAAUUCCAGACAAGAUGAAAGCUAAAGUAUCAUAAACACUAAAAAAAUUAACAGAAGUUACUAAUGUUGAUUAUAACUUUGAAUUAAUCUAUUGA